AGUAAAAGAGUGCCGUCUCUCUCCCCACUUGCGCAAGUAUAUAUAUAGAGAGAGAGAGAGAGAGACCCAAGAACAGAACCGCGAGCUCUCUCUCACUCUAAGCUUUGUCUGUAACAAUGGCGAAGGAGGUGUUGGUAACCGUGAUGGUGAUGUGGGUGGUGAUGUACAGUGUGUGCAGUGAAGAAGACAGGAAGAUCGGAAUCUAUGAGCUUAAGAGAGGAGAUUUCUCUGUCAAAUUCACCAACUAUGGCGCCGUCAUGAUCUCCCUUCUCAUCCCCGACAAGCACGGGAAGGUCGAUGACGUUGUUCUUGGGUUUGAUUCCGUUGAUUCCUAUAAGAACGACACAACCUAUUUUGGAGCCAUAGUGGGAAGAGUGGCAAACAGAAUCGGUGGGGCCAAAUUCGAGCUGGAGGGUCAUCUUUACAAAUUAGUCCCCAAUGAAGGACGCAACACCCUCCAUGGUGGGAAAAAGGGGUUCAGUGAUGUGAUUUGGACAGUCCGAAGCUACAAACCAGACAGUCACGUUACCUUCACUUACCACAGCUUUGACGGCGAGGAAGGAUUCCCAGGAGACGUAGAAGUGAAAGUGACGUACAUGAUAAUGGGCACCAACGAGCUGGGCGUGAAAAUGGAGGCGAAGCCACUUAACAAAGCGACGCCUAUCGACUUAGCUCUCCACACUUAUUGGAACUUGAAGGGACAAAACUCCGGAGACAUCCUCUCCCACGACGUCCAACUCUUCGCCUCCCACAUCACCCCCGUCGACGUCCACCUCAUCCCCACCGGUCAUAUCUCCCCCGUCGCCGGAACCCCCUACGACUUCCUCAGCCCUAUUCCCAUCGGCCGCCGCAUCCACCAGCUUCCCGGCGGCUACGACAUCAACUACGUCAUCUCCUCCGGAGGAUCUGGGGAGCAUCUCCUCCGGAGGACGGCUGUCGUUUCAGAGAGUGUGUCCGGUCGGAGAAUGGAGCUGUGGACGAACCAGGUCGGGGUCCAGUUCUACACGAGCAACAUGUUGACGAGCGUACGAGGCAAGGGCGGGUUCGUGUACAGAAAGUACGGAGGAUUGUGUCUGGAGACGCAAGGCUUUCCAGAUUCGGUGAAUCACGAGAAUUUCCCGUCCCAGAUCGUGAAACCUGGCGAGAUUUAUUUGCAUGUUAUGGUCUUCAGGUUCACUGCUCAUUGAUCCCUGCUUUCCUGUUUGUUUUUUAGGGUUUGGAGAAUAAUAUUAUCAUCUGAAUUGUUGAAAACCAUGGAUCUGAACUUUCCAAGCCCUCUUUUUUUUUUUCCU